GGAGUUUGAAACGCAUCUUGACCUCGAACAUUUAUCGCUGGUAUAGCAUGGCCUCCUUACAUUUCUGUUCCGAAUGCAACAAUCUCCUGUACCCAAAGGCCGACCAGCAACGUCGUAUCAUGGUCUAUGCUUGCAGAAUAUGUCCUUACGAUGAGAUAGGCGAAAACAAGUGUGUCUAUCGCAACGAUUUGUUGACUGUAACGAAGGAGCAAGUAGGAGUUACUACAGAUUUAGGUGCUGACCCUACUUUGGCGCAUUCAAAUAUACCAUGCCCGCAGUGCGGUCAUGAGGAUGCCGUUUUAUAUCAGGACCAGUCAAAGCGAAAGGAAACUCGCAUGAUAUUAUUCUUUGUCUGCACAAAAUGCAAUCAUAGCUUCACGGAUCCGACGCUACCACUGGACAAUAGACCGGAUACAUAAUAUGGUAGUGUCGACUUGAUAUUAAAAUACAGAAUUUCAAUAUCAUGAAAUAAAUGG